CGCUAAUCAGAGAUAUGGUGAGCAUCGAGGUUUUGUAUUAAAAUAAUUAAUGCCAUGUCGAAGGGCAAGCUUAGCAGUCGUCUAUAUCAUGGGGGAAGGAAGGUGUUCCUUCCUCCAUGUCUAUACAGAGCCAACCAUGCAUGCGGAAAAUUAAAGGGCACCGUUGCUUGUACUGUAAUGCACAGCGGUGACGUUUUCACUCGAAUUACAGUUCACUCGACUUGGGAUGCAGAAACAGGUUGUCUCGAUGGCCUAGUUCGCGGCAGUCAUUAUCAUCGAGGAUGAGGGCCACAAUUUCGCCGCGACCAUUGUUCUUGAGAAGGAACUCUCAUCGGCUUUAAGAUGAUCAUGGCAUUAGGACUGUAGCCCAGAUAUGGCGCUGUGUACAGGCUGUAGAAUUAGGCCUACCUGGCCAAUUUUACUUCUGUUGUGGAGGUCCUGUCAAUGACAUGGUUGGACCUUGAGGUUCAUUUCGAGCGAUUGUUUGUUUUCAGACAACUACGGGGUACAGACAUCAAAGUAGCCUACAGGCCUAAGCAGUCUACCGGUCCACGGACCUGCCUCGACUAAUUACACGAAAUUCGCAAGGGUUUAACCAUGUGUUUUAUUUCUCCAUGGUUUAACUAAUAAUGUUGCCAGCAUGGCCUAGUGUACCAAGGUUUGGUAUACCGUACGUGAAAGAGUGAUAUUUCGCGAGGAAUAAGUGAACUGCUAUUUGUUUUCACAGUUAAGCCGAGUUGCAAGCUUCGUCACUUGGGUAUUGUAAUCUGUACAUCGAGUAUAGGCCUCACAUGACCUUGUCAGAGUCGAUCGACCAACAAAAGAAGCCGACCUUAGACCGCUGUACAGCAAAUGUUAUUUACAAAGCGACCCAAGAAUAACAUCGGGAUCACGAUUCAUGCUGUCUGUUUCUCGUGUUAGGCCCUUGGUUGAGAUCAUUCAGUUGUUCUUGUCGUCAAUCCUGACCAAAUUCGCUGGGCUGGCUUUUAGCCGCAAUGGCAGAAACCGACCCCUUGGUGUCCUUUGCGGCACCGAGUGAUACACGCCUACACGUACACGGGAGCAAAUACAGCACUGUCAACCAGAACCCCCAGACACGCAGCUUGAAAAAGGGUACAGACAAACAGGAAGGGGCACAACACGAAGCGUACCCGGCGAGAUGGUUCAUCUUGGCCGUCUUCUCGCUGCUUUGUGCCCUGCAAGCAGCCACAUGGAACACAUGGGGACCUAUUGCAGACACAGUUAAGGUGGUGUUAAAUUGGACAGACAGCGAUAUAGCCCUGUUAACAAACUGGGGCCCCAUCUCCUUUGUAAUCACAGGUUUUCUGUUCUCUUAUCUGCUCCUGGUCAAAGGUCUUCGUUACUGUGUGUUGUGUAGUUCCCUAAUCUUCCUCUUAGGACUCGGCAUUCGGUGCCUUCCUGUCGGUAUAGACAACUUGAAGUGGACAAUGAAUGCUGGCCAUGUUUGUAUUGGCAUUGCUGGCCCAGUCAUGAUGUCGGCCCCGACUGAAGUGUCAGCCGUCUGGUUCCCGCCUCACCAGCGGACUACAUCCACGGCUAUUUCGACUACUGCAGCAUUUCUUGGCAUGUCCGCGUCCUUCCUGGUCGGACCAUUGAUCGUAACAAGUAUUCCACAAAAUUCAAGCACUGAACCUCUCGAUCCGGAUGAGCGGACUCGUUCUUUCAGUGAAAUAAUGGGGUUAAUGUAUAUAGAAUGCGGAGUUACAGCCGUUGUAGUCGUAGCAACGCUCCUGUACUUUCCGGAGAAGCCGCCGACUUCACCGAGCCUGUCCGCCACGAGACCCAGGGACAGCUUCAAAGAUGGGGCCCUGAAGAUGAUCAAGAGUGCCCAGUUUUGGAUUACUGCAGCAGCUUAUAGCAUAUCUAGUGGGGUGUAUGGUGGCUGGAGCACACAACAAGACACAAUUUUUAAAACUACUCUCGAUAUAGGCCAGGACACUGUUGGCUGGAUUGGAUUCAUCUCCAAUAUUGCAGGAAUGUUGGCAGGCUUGGUGAUCGCAAGACUUGUGGACCUUCUUGGGGGCCGGAUGAAGGCGGUACUGAUAUUGCUUACUGCCGGAGCUUUCAUUGGUUGUGUUUGGUGUGUCUUACUGUCAAUGAGAUACAUCCCUUAUAGUUUAAUGAGUGUGUACAUCACCUGUAUCAUCAUUGGUGUUUGCGUCAAUGCCUCACCCCCUAUUUUCUUCGAGAUAACAGUGGAGGGCAUGUACCCUGUCUCUGAGGGUAACACAACCAUGGUGCUGACAUACCUCAACAAUGUGGCCGCGCUCAUAUUCCUGGCCUUGCCGCUUAUUCCAAACAUAGGUGUGAUUUGGAUGAACUGGCUUCUUCUUGGUGCAAUUGCCGUGUGCAUACCUCUUCUUAUGAUGUAUAAGGAACACUACAAUCGCUUAGACGAAGACAAGAUGGAAAGCAGCAUACAAAACUGAUGAAAAGUGUUGUAGUCUUCCAAAUAGUGUGGCCUUGUGCUUUCAAAGUCUUAUUUGCAGCGGUGGUUUUGAUAUUUUACUUCCUUCUAAGCAGUACUGAGAGAGUUUGUUUAUUGACUGUAUAAACUGGUUCACUUUCAGUAUUCAGGACAGUGUGACCUGUUGGUUUGAGCUUGUGGCUCCCAAUAAGGUUUGAAUUCAGGUUUGAAUCAUGUUGUGUCCCUGAGCAAGCCACUUUACUCCUUGAUGCCUUCUCCACUCCUCCCAUAACUGGCUACACUGAUUGGCUAAAGGGCAACCUGUAGCACUUACAACCCCCUUUUUUUAAGAACAUUGUACAUUCUAAAAGUUGCUUCGUUCCAAGGACACUUUGACAGGGGACAGAAAUUGCCUUUUGGACAGUAAUUUGGGUGCACUUUUCUGAUAUUUUGGUACUUGUUUAGUUACAAAUGUGCAAAUGUAGAGUAAUUCUAAGUAACCCGAGGCUUAUGUUUUUGUUAACGGACUUUCAAUGUAUUCAGCAUUAGUGGCGGUUUUUAGUCGUUGAAAUCUUGCCAUCAUCUCACUAGUCACUGUUGACAUGAAUCUGCUAAUGAGAGUAGAGCGGCUGUUAAAGCUUUCAGGCUCAACCAUGUUUCACUUUGCUGGUAGAGUCGCCUUACGGUUUGCCAGCUCUGGUUCGAAUCUCGCCCGACACCACAAGUGGGUUGAGUUAAAGUUGCUGUUGCAUUUAACGAGUUUCUUCACCAGAAUGAAUUAUGCCUCUUGUCUCUUGUUUUUCUGCCACCACAAGGGACAGAAAAUUCGAUUUCUUCCGCCUAGGUUCAGUAAACCUGACUUUUUUGUUUUCUUUUCUUUUGUAUUUCUUUAAUCUUUGCACGUUCCACAGAAUUGUAAGAAUUCCAAGAAUAAUGGCAUAAUGAUUUUAUAUAAUUAUAAAAGCAUUGUUGUUAAGCCCGUUGCCCGCCUGUGGCGCCCCACGCCAAUCCUAUUUGACCAUUCGCAAGACCACAUAGUAUAAGUACGGUGGAUCGUAACGUUACCUUGGGUAUCUACUCCUUUAUUCCUAUCGGUGACUUGCCAAUCGGUCGCUUGUUACCCACUCACAUGGUGGCCAGUCACUUUGAUUCACGUGACUUUCUUCAUUAUUUUAAUUGGUUAAUAAAACAUUGCCUCCAUCACAACAAUGGCGUAGGCAGAUUUCACGCAGACCUCACUAAAAUUACGUAGUUUAUUCUAAGGUUGCCCAAAAUGUAUCGUUUUAUUGAAGCAGGGAUUAGUACGGUGCUAAUAUCGAUUUUCAAGGAAAUAAAAAUGAACCAUUAAGUAGAGAAAUAUAACCAUAUACCUGGUUUAUUCUUAAGCUUCCAAGUGGCUUCCAAGACCUUUAAAGCAGUUUCUGCAAUUUCCGCAGUGUGAAAUCCGGGCGUUUCGUGUCAUUCAAAUACUCUCCAUAUACAUAUAAACAAAUAUUCUACGUGUUUUUUGUAUCUUUACGUCGCCAUUGCAAUCGAUUCCCUACUAAAGGAUUUCUGUGUGAUUCAGUUUUCAAUUCAGGUUUGACACACGUUUGAUUAUCACUGGUAUAUAUCUAUUAAUACAUUGAUCGGCUGUCUUUCGAAUAUGUUUUUAUCUUUAAUGGGUCUGUGGAGAGAAGAUGUGAUCUUUAUAUUGUCAAACUUAAAAAAAAACAUGAAUUAAAUUGCAAUACAUUUCUUUCUCGAGAAAACACUGCCGCGUCUUUUUUUGCUUUAGUGUACAAUAUCAACUUGUCCGUACAUUCUAAGUAAAGACAUGGAAUACUCUUUGAAGAUGAAAGGUGAGUUUGCACUUUAAGGGAGACAAAGAGUUGAUACGAAACUCUUGAUUUUUAAUUAUCGGAAAAAAAUAUGUUAAAACAAGCAACGUAAUCCAACUGAAGUGUGUUAUAUUCAAGAUGUCACAGUUAACAUGUUUUGAGGGCGCCCGGCAGUUUUAAUGCUGAGAGUCAUCUUAAAAGACUCGUAUAAUUACAACACUUCCUUCACUACACUUAGUUAUAUACCGUGUUCAAAAGUGAAACUAAAACGAUUGUAAUUUCAAGCCAAGUUUCACAUUUCCAUUUUACAAAUUACUUUCCUUAUCUGCUCGUUAUGAGUCAUGAAAGAAAAUUUCCUGCAUGUUUGCUUGUAGAAAGAAGCAGAACUCAUCUUCAGACAAGACCCCCAAAAAGUAAAGUCUAGGGGGACAUUUUUAUUUAGCAAUAAGCGGCAAAAUUUGAUGAGGUUGGAAAUUAUUUCAGAAACAUGCCAUGCCCAGCCAAAACCUCACUCGACACCUACUUGUGAGACCGUUUUGAGAGAAGUUAGCAAGUAGAGUCCUUUGGUGGCAUAAUGUGAAUCUUUCAUCUCUUAUUUUAUAACUUUAUAGUUGCAAUGAAAAUUUCUUAGACACAAUUUUUCUGCAACUUUG